AUGUUCGCUUACAACACAGAGCAGCUGGACCGCUACUUUUCCCUCAUUUCGCUCACGAACUGGAAGACCCUCCUCGACCACGAUGUGCACGGCUUCUUUGACCAGAUGAUCAAGGGCCAGCUCGCGCACAUCACGUACAACACGCUGUCUCUGCACUACAUGGCGGACAAGGUUGUAACCCUGGAUCCGGAGCUGCUGUUUGACAAGAUCGUGGACAGGGAGCGCGGCGGCUACUGCUUUGAGCUCAACGUCCUUCUCAUUCAUGUGAUUCGAAGUCUGGGCUUCGAGGCCAUGGCUGUAGGGUGCCGGAUGCGCGAGAAGAAUUCGACGAGCGAGGGCAUUGAUCGCUGGCGAACUACGAGCCACAUGGCCAUUGUCGUGCUCAUUCAUGGCGAGCGCUUCCUUGUCGACGUGGGCUGCGGCCUGAAGAGUCCUGCGACGCCUCUGCGGCUCCAGUCGGGGCUGGACGCGGAGAGCGGCCUGACGGGCCAGACGCUCAGGAUGGAUUUGAAGCCGCUGGCGCCGACGGCCGUGAGCCAGCCCGUGUGGAUCUACUCGAUGCGCUUUGGCGGCGAGGACGCGUCGUGGAUGGAAGUGUACGCCUUUGCCGACGCCGAGUACCUGCCCUCCGACUUUGACGUGCUCAACUACUACACCGUGCACGCGAGCGCGUUGACGCGCAUUGUGGCAGUGCAGAGCCUCUUCUUCGAGGACGGUGCGUCAGGCACGCUGUCGCUCGUGAAUGCCAACGUGACACGGAAUAUCAGCGGCGAGGAUGAGCCGGUGACGGUACUGCAGAGCGAGCGCGAGCGCGCGGAAGCUCUAGAGAGGUACUUUGGGAUCAAAUUAUCCUCGGAAGAACUGGACGCGAUGAAGGGCUCUGCGUAUGCGUUGCCCAUCAGCGACUGA